AGUGCAAGCUUUUCCAGAGGGAUUGGGAAACCUCACUUCUCUUAAGCAAUUAGCGCUUUCAAAUUUCAACGGAGUGGAAGCUUUUCCAUAGAGGUUGGGAAACCUUAUUUCUCUUCAACUACUUCACGUUUCUUAUUGCAGAAAUCUAAAGCCUCUGUUUCCACUCCAAGCCCUAAAAUCCCUUUCUGUGUUAGAGAUGGGUCCUUUCUGCUCAGAGUUGGAGGAGUUCCCAGGACUUGAUUGUAUCCAUCACCUUCAUGCUUCCUUGAAACAUUUAGGAUUGGCAAGAUGGAAAAAAGUAAAGUUUUUGCCACAUUAGCUUUAGCAUCUCACUGGCCUUGAGUCAUUGACUCUAGAAGAAUUCAACGGAGUGGAAGUUUUACCAAACUGGUUAGGAAACCUCACUUCUCUUGGAGAGCUGGUGAUUAGAACUUGUCAUAAUUUGAGGAGUAUGCCAUUUGUUGAAGCCAUGCAACGCCUCUCCAAUUUAAUAUUUCUUUAUAUAUUUGAAUGUCCCAAAUUAAAAGAAAGAUGCUCCAAAGAUGGAGGAACCUAAUGGUUCAAAAUUUCUCACAUUCCCCAAAUCAUAAUACGUGGGCAAUAGGGAUGACCACGAGGUUUGGAAAAGUAGGUUGAUCAAUUGAAGACUUCAACAAGCCUUCUCCAAAUAAUCAUCUAAUGGAUGUUCUCUAGAAAGCUUUCUCAUAUAAAGACGCAAUGAGGAGAAAAAAACAGGGGAUUGCACGGGCACACAUUCUGUCAUUUUUAAGGUUGUUUUUUUACCCAAAAUCCUGCUUUUAGAUCUUAGA